AUGGUAUGCACCGCCUGCAAUGUCCUGGCACCAGCAGCAGGAGGCAAGAAGCAAAAGAAGAAGUGGUCGAAGGGCAAGGUCAAGGACAAGUCCAACCACGCCGUCGUCCUCGACAAGGGCACCUCCGAGAAGCUCCAGAAAGACGUGCAAUCCUACCGCCUCAUCACGACCGCCGUCCUCGUCGACCGACUCAAAAUCAACGGCAGUCUUGCGCGAGCGGCGCUCAACGAUUUGGAGGAGAAGGGCGUGAUCAAGAGGGUGGUGAGCCACAGUGCGGGCAACAUCUACACUCGCGCGGUCGGUGGCGGUGCUGAUUAG